AUGAUACCAAUGCCAUCGUUCUCAAACCCUGCCGAGGCUGCGCACGGGCCUAUGCUCAUCGGGUAUGUCGUUUGCUCCUACCGCUUGCUAAGAGCGCUGAGGCAAAGGUGGGGCAGGACAAUCUUGAACGUCCUGCUCAUGGGCGUCAUGAUCGUGCAGGUGUACAUCUAUGCAACCACUUACUCACGCGAUUCAAAGUGGAUCAAGGUGUUCAUUGCAGUGCUCACCGUCGCGGACACACUCAAUACCGCGUUCAUGAUUUACUACAUGUAUGACACGCUCAUCCUCCACUUCGGCGAUUUCAAUUAUCUGGGCUCUGCAAAUUGGAUCUUUGCGACAGACCCAGCGAUGGUUGGCCUUAUUGGAGCAAUGGUCGAGGGGUUCUACGCCUGGCGCAUUUUCGCGUUGACCAAGAGUUAUAUCAUCACGGGCUUGGUAGGCUUUUGUGCCGCCGCCGAUUUCUUUGGCGCAAUGGCGACGGCUGCAGCAAUUUCUUACAUUCCGCAGUUUGCCCGGUUCACCGAGUUCCAGGAGACAGUUAUUGUCUGGAUCGUCGGAGCGACGACUGCUGACCUUCUCAUUACUGGCACGCUCGUUUUCUAUCUUAAUACCCACCGCACUGGCUUCUCUUCCACGGAUACAAAGCUAGACAAGCUUAUUCGUUUAACUAUGCAAACGGGGAUGAUCAGUUUUGCGUUUUCCAUGGUUCAUCUAGGACUUUACCUUGGCUAUCCAACCGGCUUGCAUCUCCUCUUCAACUUCCCCCAGUCGAAGCUCUACUCCAACUCGCUAAUGUCAACGCUGAAUGCGCGCGGCGGAUGGGGGCAGCGCACGGAGGCCGCUGACUCGCAGCACGCCAAUUACCCAAACACCGGGUCAAACAACGUCCCGUUGCAAGUCUCGGUUGGCGUGCACUCGUUCUCCGCGGUCAGCUCCUCAAACCACGGGAAGAAGAGCUUCGGGCGGAGUGCGGGAGAUUUGGAUGGCGUCAUCGAUAUGGAUGCGGAGUUGCGCAAGUCUCAUGGUGUAUAG